CUUGGCACAGAGCGAUUCACGCACCCUCAAGAGUGUGGGUGAGACAUAUACACCCUGUUAGACCUGAAGGUGAGCCCAACCUGGGAAAAUCGUGACCUCAGAGCACAGCAGGAUGUGAAAGGCAGAUGGCUCUUCUUAAGGCCAAUAAGGAUCUCAUUUCUGCAGGACGGCAGGAGUUCAGCGUUCUGCUGAAUCAGCAGGUCUUCAAUGAUCCUCUCAUCUCUGAAGAAGACAUGGUGAUUGUGGUGGAGGACUGGAUGAACUUCUACAUCAACUAUUACAGGCAGCAGGUGACAGGGGAGCCCCAAGAACGAGACAGGGCUCUGCAGGAGUUUCGGCAAGAGCUGAACACUCUGGCCAACCCUUUCCUGGCCAAGUACAGGGACUUCCUGAAGUCUCAUGAGCUCCGGAGUCACCCACCGCCCUCCUCCUAGCCCAGGGACCCAGCCCCUCCUCUCUGAGAAACUCUGACCUUCAUGUCCUUAGGCUGUGCUCCCGCCACUCUACAAUGACACCUCAAUAAAGACCAGUGCUGGUUUUGUUGGA